AUGUAUAAUGAUCAAUCAGCAACGUUUGAUUUUGUAUCAUUUGAAAGUUUUUUUCAUACUGAAAUUCGGAUAUUGCGAUGCAUGGGAUUGUCAUACUUCAAUUGUGUAUUUUCCAAUAAAAAAGAAACUGAAAAAUGGUGGCAAAAAAUAACUCCGUUAAUUGGACUUAUAAUAAUGAGUUUAUUAAUAUCUAUGGAAGUAAUGAAAAUCAUUCAAGUAAUAUCCAUCAGUAUUACUUAUGCGGCUGGAAUAUUUACCGCAAUGCUGUCAGGAAUGCUUUGUAUGUUUAAGGCAGUAAGAUGUUGGACUCAUCGAAAAGAACUUUUUAAUUUUUUACAACAACUCAAAGCUUCUUGGGAAUCAGCAUACGCAAAUAAAUUGUUAACCAAAGAUGAAUUAAACAAUGCGCUUUAUUCACGAUCAUUGAGAAAUUAUGUGAUGGUUUUAGUAUUUGCAUUAGCAUUUAGUUAUGCCUAUCCCGUCUAUGUAGGAAUUGUCAAACAUUUUGUAUACCACUCAGAAGAAUACUUUUUUACAUUCUCACGAAUAAUGUAUCCAGUUAAGUAUCCGUUUAAGAUAAACACAUUUUCAAGAUAUUUCGCGUGUCUUCUCUUCGAACAAGUAUCGGAAAUUUUGGCUAUUGUUUAUUGGCUGUGUGGAGAUAUACUAUUCAUCCAAUUAACAACGCAUGUUAGUAUUCAAUGCAAGGUAUUGAUAAAUAGAUUAAAUAAUUUCAAUAAGGAUAAUACUUCUAGUGAAGAAGAAAACUGUCAGCAAUUAAUAAAUAUUAUUUCACAACAUAAUCAAUUGUUUUUACUUUGUAAAUGGCUCCAAAGAUUUUUUAGUCCGAUUGCGUUCUUCGUUACAUUAAUCAAUGGAUUAAACCUCUGCUUUUCAUUAUAUCGAGUCGAUCAACAAAUUAGCCAGGGAAACUGGAGUCAUCUCAUCGAAAAUACAAUACACUUGGUAAAUGUUUUUGGACAGACUCUUUUGUACUGCAAACAAGCUGACAUGCUAACUGAAAAACUUGGUGAAGUAAAUAAUGCAAUUUAUUGUUCUAAUUGGAUUCAAUUGAAUAAGAAAUUAAAACUGAUACUAUUAAUCAUGAUGAGACGGGCCCAAAAAGAAUAUCGUUUUACGAUUUAUGGAAUUAUUACUCUUAAUCUUGCUCAAUUUUCAAAGAUUGUUAACACAGCGAUGAGCUACUUUACACUGCUAAGAAGUAUUGGU